CACAGGUGGAAGGGAAUACACAGGACCUACCUGUGUGUACCUCCCGAAGUGUGCUUCUUCCCCAAAGGUUUUGGGAGCCCACAGGACAGGAAAUACGAGUCAAAACCCAGCCUUGAAGUCCUCUCCGCGCGCCUCCAAGUGACCCCUCCGAGGAGCAGUAGGAUGAUGUCAUCGUAGCGCGACCAAAGGAACUAUGGACAAUGUUGGCGAGUCCCCUCUGGAAAAAGGUGGAGAGACUGGGGAGUCAGAUGAGGCGACCGCUGCUCCUGGGGGACCCGUGCCUACUGACACCGACGCAGUCCCGGAGGGGGAAACUGAGGGGGACGGAGAAGGGGAUUUAAAAGAAGCCGCAGCUGAGGAAGGCGAGGUUAAGAGUCAGGACAUCUCAGAUUUAACAGCAGUUGAAAGAGAAGACCCAUCUUUACUUACUCCUGCAGCCAAAAAACUGAAAAUAGAGACCAAAGAAAAGAAAGAAAAGAAGCAGAAAGUGGAUGAAGAUGAGAUUCAGAAGAUGCAAAUCCUGGUUUCUUCUUUUUCUGAGGAGCAACUGAACCGUUAUGAAAUGUAUCGCCGGUCAGCUUUCCCUAAAGCAGCCAUUAAAAGGCUGAUCCAGUCUAUCACUGGCACUUCGGUAUCUCAGAACGUUGUUAUUGCUAUGUCUGGUAUUUCCAAGGUUUUUGUCGGGGAGGUUGUAGAAGAAGCAUUGGAUGUGUGUGAGAAGUGGGGAGAAAUGCCACCUCUACAACCCAAACAUAUGAGGGAGGCUGUGCGGAGGUUAAAGUCGAAGGGGCAGAUUCCCAACUCGAAGCACAAAAAAAUCAUCUUCUUCUAAACCAAACCUAGAAAGACCUAGUACUAAAGGUACUGUUUCCAGACUUCUCUCUCAUGAGACUUCCCGCACUGGGAAGUCUCCAAGGGAUUCAUGAUGAGUUUAAUGUCUUUCUCAAACUCUGAUACCCACCACAACUAGAAGACAUGCCUUGACUAAAUAUUGGGACCUCAGUGCAUUUUGAGGCCUUUAACUAUUUCUUGGCCAAUUGGAAGAAGAAAGGUACAUGGGCCUUAAUCUUCUGGACAAGCGCUGCUUUCAGAGAGAAACGUUUCAAAGAAAGCUUUGAAGUUUUCACAUUGAAGCCUUAAAUUUCUGAUCUAGGUUGUUUCUUACAUCUGCUUUUAAGUGGAUGAACCAGGCAGAAACAUUGGAUUUGAAGGACAUGGUGAUAGCAGGUAUAGUAGAAUCAUUUGUUCCUGUAAACAUUUACAAUUCUCCUCUGGAUUGGAUUUUGGUGAAUGGUCAUUAAACUGUUUUCCAACUUGCUAUGUGAGUAUUUAUUUUCUGCCUAGCUGGUUAGAGUGAGAAUUUUAUUCUUCUUUAGUGUCAGAGUGAAAUGAUCUUGGCUUUUUAAUAAAAAUUUGACCCCUCAUUUUCUACUACUAAAAUUUUACUACAGAAUAAAGCAUUUAAAACCAAUGUAAAGCU